AAGGAGGUGGUGGUGGUGGCGGCGGAGGCGGCAGCAGCAGCAGCAGCGGAUAUUCUCCAGCGCUAGACCUUCCCAAGCCUGUGCAUUUUGUUUUUCGCCGGGGGCCUCCCCUCUCCCCAUCUCCAGCGAUCUUUCCCUCUGCUGCUUUUUCCUCGAAAAGUGAAUCGCCGGUGCAAAUUGGAUGGGGGUUUUACACUUUAAUGAUGCAGUAAGGAUUCGUUUCGGGAUUACGUUGCAUGAUCUGAAUUUUGAAUGAAGGAGGAGACCUUUAAAAAAAAAGAAAGAAAGAAUAAAAUCGCAUCUAUAUGAGGGAAGAGUGGAUUCAGUCUUGGGUUGGGUUUCUUUUUAAUAUUAUUAUUUAAAUGUAUAAAAUAUAUAUUUUCUCUUUUUAAAUGUAUUAAAAGAGAUUUUAGGGUAAUUAUUUUUCUCCAAUAUCCUGUAUAUAUUGUGUGUGUGUGUAUGUGUGUGUGGAAACAGCUGACCAAGACAGAGUACUCAGAGUGGGAAUUCUUGAGAUGCAUUGUACCUUCAGCACCAUCCCUGAAGAAGCACUGACUUUUCAAAACACUUUUUAGAAACUAAAACAUUCUGAUGUGUUAGAGUUUUCGAAAAUAACCAGUAAUAAUAAUCGAGGAGAGGCCCAUUAAGAACUGAAGCAAUCAUGUCUGGAGAGGUACGCUUGAGACAGUUGGAACAGUUUAUUUUGGAUGGACCAACUCAGACAAAUGGGCAGUGCUUUAGUGUGGAAACGCUGCUGGAUAUACUCAUCUGCCUUUAUGAUGAAUGUAAUAAUUCACCCCUGAGGAGAGAGAAGAAUAUUCUGGAGUAUCUAGAAUGGGCUAAGCCUUUCACGUCUAAAGUGAAACAGAUGCGACUACAUAAAGAAGACUUUGAAAUCUUGAAGGUGAUUGGCCGAGGAGCCUUUGGGGAGGUUGCAGUAGUAAAAUUGAAAAAUGCAGAUAAGGUAUUUGCCAUGAAAAUAUUAAAUAAAUGGGAGAUGCUGAAAAGAGCUGAGACAGCUUGUUUUCGAGAAGAGAGGGAUGUGUUAGUGAACGGAGAUAACCAGUGGAUUACAACAUUGCACUAUGCCUUUCAGGACGAAAACUAUUUAUACCUGGUAAUGGAUUAUUAUGUGGGUGGUGAUCUGCUUACCUUGCUUAGUAAGUUUGAGGACCGGUUACCUGAAGAAAUGGCUCGCUUUUAUUUGGCUGAAAUGGUAGUAGCAAUUGAUUCUGUACAUCAGCUGCAUUAUGUCCACCGGGACAUCAAACCAGACAACAUCCUGAUGGAUAUGAAUGGACAUAUUCGGUUAGCAGAUUUUGGUUCUUGUCUGAAACUGAUGGAAGAUGGAACGGUUCAGUCUUCAGUGGCAGUUGGAACACCAGAUUAUAUCUCUCCAGAAAUCCUGCAAGCCAUGGAAGAUGGGAAAGGAAAGUACGGUCCUGAAUGUGACUGGUGGUCCCUUGGUGUUUGCAUGUAUGAAAUGCUUUAUGGUGAAACACCCUUUUAUGCAGAAUCCCUGGUGGAGACAUAUGGAAAGAUAAUGAACCACAAAGAGAGGUUUCAGUUUCCUGUCCAAAUGACGGAUGUGUCUGAAAACGCCAAGGACCUAAUUCGAAGACUCAUUUGUAGCAGAGAGCAUAGACUUGGGCAGAAUGGAAUAGAAGACUUUAAAGGCCACCCAUUUUUUUCCGGGAUUGACUGGGAUAACAUUCGAAACUGCGAAGCACCUUACAUCCCUGAAGUUAGCAGUCCAACAGAUACAUCAAAUUUUGAUGUAGAUGAUGAUUGUUUAAAGAAUUCUGAGACAAUGCCCCCACCAACACAUACUGCAUUUUCUGGCCAUCAUCUGCCCUUUGUAGGAUUCACAUAUACAAGUAGCUGUGUCCUUUCAGACCGCAGUAGUCUAAGAUAUGCAGCUGGGCAACGGGCUAUGGAUCUUGAUGCCAACGUUCAAAGGACACUUGAGGAUACCUUAGCAACAGAAGCAUAUGAGAGGCGAAUAAAGCGCCUGGAGCAGGAAAAACUUGAACUUAGCAGAAAACUACAAGAGUCCACGCAAACAAUCCAGGCCCUGCAUUAUUCAACUGUAGAUGGUCCAUUAACAGCAAGCAAAGAUUUAGAAAUUAAAAGCCUAAAAGAAGAAAUCGAAAAACUAAGAAAACAGGUGACUGAUUCUGGACGACUGGAGCAGCAGCUUGAAGAGGCCAGUUCUGCAAGGCGAGAAUUAGAAGAUGCUUCCAGACACAUCAAAACAUUUGAGAAGCAAAUCAAAGCACUAAAGCAAGAAAGGGAUGAUCUUAAUAAGGAACUAAUUGAGUCUAGUGAAAGAUUAAAGGCCCAAACCAAAGAGCUGAAAGAUGCACACAGCCAACGGAAACUGGCUAUGCAGGAAUUCUCUGAGAUGAAUGAGCGUCUUACUGACUUGCAUUCACAAAAACAGAAACUUACUCGUCAAGUCAGAGAUAAGGAAGAAGAGAUGGAAGUGGUGAUGCAAAAAGUAGAAAGCUUGAGGCAAGACCUACGCAGAACAGACAGAAUGAAAAAGGAACUGGAAGUUCAUGCUGAAGCUGCAGCUGCUGAGGCAUCCAAGGACAGGAAAUUGCGUGAGCGAAGUGAGCAGUACUCUAAGCAGCUGGAAAAUGAGUUAGAAGGACUAAAGCAAAAACAAAUUGGUCGCUCCCCAGGGGUGAGCAGCACAGAGCAUCAACAAGAGAUCACGAAAUUAAAAUCUGACUUGGAGAAGAAAAGCGUUUUUUAUGAAGAAGAGAUAUCUAAACGAGAACUAAUACAUUGUAAUGAAAUAAAAAAUUUGAAGAAGGAACUGCGUGAUGCAGAAAGCCAACAACUUGCUCUCAAAAAAGAGAUCCUAAUCUUGAAAGACAAGUUAGAAAAGACAAGGAGAGAAAGCCAAAGUGAAAGAGAAGAAUUUGAAACAGAGUUCAAACAGAAAUAUGAACGGGAGAAGAUUCUCUUGACAGAGGAGAACAAAAAGCUUUCUGCUGAGCUUGAUAAGCUUACAGCCAUGUAUGAGAGACUAAGUAUGAGCAACCGGCAACUGGAAGAAGAGAUGAGAGAUCUUGCUGACAAAAAAGAAUCUGUAGCGCACUGGGAAGCCCAGAUCACGGAGAUCAUCCAGUGGGUAAGUGAUGAAAAGGAUGCCCGAGGCUAUCUCCAGGCCUUAGCCUCCAAAAUGACUGAAGAACUAGAGGCCCUGAGGAACUCCAGUUUGGGGGCAAGAGCAACAGACAUGCCCUGGAAGAUGCGGCGUUUUGCAAAACUGGAUAUGUCUGCAAGGUUAGAGCUACAGUCAGCCCUUGAUGCAGAAAUACGAGCCAAACAAGCCAUUCAAGAGGAGUUAAAUAAAGUUAAAGCUUGCAAUAUUGCAACAGAAUGCAAACUACAGGAAUCUGACAAGAAGAACUCUGACCUAUUGUCAGAAAUAGAGAGACUGAAAAAAGAGACAGAAGAACUCCGAUCAGAAAAGGGUGUAAAGCACCAAGACUCACAGAAUUCUUUCUUGGCAUUUUUGAAUGCGCCUACCUCUGCUCUGGAUCAAUUUGAACGCUCUCCUUCCUGUAUUCCAGCUCACAAAGGCAGACGUAUUGAUUCUGUUGAAAAUUUUACCUUAUCUAAUACGCCUUCGCGGGAUGAAGAUAUCAAGUGUCACCUUCAUUCAAGAUCUAGGUCCCCUUCCACAGCUAGUGACAUUGAACCAAUUGAGGUUUCAGAUCAUCCUCUGCGUCCGGUUCACACACCAACCAUGAGGUCACCAUAUAUUGGUUCAGGACUCUCUGUGCCAAAGCCAAAGGCCCAUCAGUUUGUAGUGAAAUCCUUUAAUACCCCUACCAAAUGCAACCAGUGCACAUCUUUGAUGGUUGGCUUAAUAAGACAGGGCUGUACCUGUGAAGUGUGUGGAUUUUCAUGCCAUGUGACCUGUGCAGACAAGGCACCAGCGGUGUGUCCAAUUCCACCUGAACAGACAAAGGGCCCUUUGGGUAUUGACCCACAGAAAGGCAUAGGAACGGCUUAUGAAGGCCAUGUCCGAGUCCCAAAACCAGCUGGAGUGAAGAAAGGCUGGCAAAGAGCACUGUCUGUUGUCUGUGACUUCAAGCUCUUCCUUUAUGAUAUUGCAGAAGGAAAAGCAUCCCAGCCCAGUGUGGUAGUGAGUCAGGUUCUUGAUAUGAGGGAUGAAGAAUUCUCAGUGAGUUCUGUCUUGGCUUCUGAUGUCAUCCAUGCAAAUAGAAAAGAUAUUCCUUGUAUCUUUAGAGUUACAGCUUCCCAGCUAUCAGCAUGCAGUAACAAGUGUUCAAUCCUGAUCCUAGCUGACAGCGAGAAUGAAAAGAGCAAGUGGGUAGGAGUCCUAAAUGAACUGCACAGGAUUUUAAAGAAGAACAAGCUCAAAGAUCGUUCAGUCUAUGUUCCCAAAGAGGCCUAUGACAGCACCUUGCCCCUCAUUAAAACCACCCAGGCGGCAGCAAUCAUAGAUCACGAAAGAAUAGCUCUGGGCAAUGAAGAAGGGUUAUUUGUGGUUCAUGUCACCAAGGAUGAGAUCAUUCGUGUCGGUGACAAUAAGAAAGUGCAUCAGAUUGAGCUCAUCCCAAAUGAGCAGCUAAUUGCAGUGAUCUCAGGACGAAACCGUCAUGUACGGCUAUUCCCUAUGACAGCCCUGGACGGACGAGAGACUGAUUUUUAUAAACUGGCAGAGACUAAAGGUUGCCAGACGAUAGUUUCUGGGCAAGUGCGCCAUGGAGCCCUUACCUGCCUGUGUGUGGCAAUGAAAAGACAGGUCCUCUGCUAUGAACUAAAUCACAGCAAGACACGUCACAAAAAGAUUAAAGAGAUCCAAGUGGCUGGGAAUGUCCAGUGGAUGGCAAUCUUUAGUGAGCGGCUCUGUGUGGGCUACCAGUCAGGAUUCUUAAAAUACCCUUUGCAUGGAGAAGGAAACCCACAUAGUUUGCUUCACCCAGAUGAUCACACACUGUCGUUCAUUGCACAGCAACCAACUGAUGCCAUCUGUGCAGUUGAGAUCUCGAAUAAGGAAUACCUGCUGUGUUUUAGCAGCGUGGGGGUUUAUGUGGACUGCCAAGGUCGAAGAUCAAGGCAACAGGAACUGAUGUGGCCUGCAACUCCUUCCUCUUCCUGUUACAAUGCCCCAUACCUCUCAGUAUACAGUGAAAAUGCCGUUGAUAUAUUUGAUGUGAACUCCAUGGAGUGGAUUCAGACUAUCCCCCUCAAGAAGGUACGUCCUUUGAACACAGAAGGAUCGCUGAACGUUCUUGGACUAGAAACAGUGAGGUUAAUAUAUUUCAAAAACAAGAUGGCAGAGGGUGAUGAGCUGGUGGUUCCCGAGACAUCCGAUAACAGCCGGAAGCAAAUGGUCCGAAAUAUCAACAAUAAACGCCGUUACUCAUUCAGAGUGCCUGAGGAGGAGAGGAUGCAACAGAGGAGGGAGAUGCUACGAGAUCCAGAAAUGAGAAAUAAAUUAAUUUCUAAUCCAACUAACUUUAACCACAUAGCACACAUGGGCCCAGGAGAUGGUAUACAAAUCCUCAAAGAUCUACCUAUGCCAAGCUCCCCUUAUCCACCCUCUCAUCAUCACUCCCAUCUCAUCUCUUCUCCAAGCAACUUCGAGCACAUCUAUCACAUGACUGUUAACUCAGCUGAAAAUUUCCUCUCCCGUGAUUCCAUAAACCGUGCAUAUUCCCCACCUCUACGCUCUGUCCCUCGUACACCAGCCUUUAUGAAUAUAAGGAACCUUCGACCUCAGGAAAGUCGGACCAUGUUUAGCGGUUCUGUCAGUAUUCCAUCAAUCACAAAAUCCCGCACUGAACCCGGACGCUCCAUGAGUGCUAGCAGUGGUUUGGCGGCAAGAUCAUCUGCACAAAAUGGCAGUGCUUUGCGGAGGGAAUUCUCUGGAGGUAGCUAUGGAGCAAAGCGUCAGCCAAUGGCAUCCCCUUCGGAUGGCUCCUUGUCCUCUGGCGGUUUGGACCAAGGCAGUGAUGCACCAGCGAGGGACUAUGAGCGAGAGGACUCUGACUCUCCAAGGCAUUCGACAGCUUCUAACAGCUCCAACCUGAGCAGUCCUCCCAGCCCCAUCUCUCCUCACAAGACCAAGAGCCUCUCCCUGGAGAGCUCUGACCACGCAAGCUGGGACACAUGAACUGCUUCAGCACUCAGAUUUUACAUCUCAGCAGCUUACUGUCCCCAUGACUCUCUGUUUGCUCUCACUGUCAUCGCCCCCCAGCUUCCCUCCAAAAGCAGACUAGGGGAGGGAGGGGAGGAAGAGAGCAUAUCUUGUCUUCUCUGACACAAGCAGCGUAAGCUCCCCCCGAUUCAAAAGUAGCAGCAAGCAAGAGAAAACCUUGAGGAGGGCAGAGUGGGGGAGGGGUUGGUAUACAAGAGAUAUUGGUAUAUUUGUAUUAGUAUCUAUUUUAUUUCAUAGGGUUACAGCUGUUUCCAUUUUUAUGGGUAUAUUCCACACCAUGCCACUGUUCCAAACAAAACAUAGUAGUGUUAGACUGACCAAAACAGAAUCUGAAAGAGAGAACCAGAUUUUGCUUUGAGGCACACAGUAUCUCAUUGUAUUUUUUCAAGAGUUAGCACAGCAACACCCACCCAUCUCUGGGAUGGGGCAAAAUUUGCCCUGCAGGGGCAGAUAACGCACGCUUUCAGCAACCACUCUAUUUGAAUGUCAAUCUGAUUGUUGCCAGCAAAUCCUUAUUGAUUUAAAAAGAAAUGAUGCAUAUUUUACUACAGUAGAGUUUAAGUAAAUACGCAAAAUUAAGAGUUAGUACAUAUGUAUAUAAUAAAAGAAGAAGCAUUGUGAUGCAGCGAAAGAUGGAUUCCUAUUUAAGAGAUCCUUUAAUUUAAGAAGACUUGUGUUGUUCCCUUUUUCAUACUAAAUAAUCUAUGGAUUGAGGAUGUGAUCUGGAUAUAGAACAUGGCACUGGAUAAAAACAGCCUGGAGGGAGAUUCCAUCCUCACAAUGUUCUCUGUAACAUUACCUUCUUGUCAGUAGAUGAACUAAAGCCAUAAUUCUCACUUUUUAACUAUAUCUCCCUCUUCUACUGUCUGCUUCACUGUACAAGCAAAACUCAUGAUCUGCUGGUCGACAAGCCUGAAGUGAGGUCAAGGGCAGUUUUGCAGAGAAUCAGUAUUCAGCCCCAAGCAAAACUGAAGUAAAUGCAGCCAAAGCCAGCGCAAAGAGAUAACUAGUUUUGGGACGGUUGGAGCUGGGUUUCCAAACCCAUCUGGCCAAUUAAUACUAGCAACCACUAGCUUGUAAGUUGACUUUCCAAAUUUUAGUGAUCAGCCUACAUCAGGCAAAUUCAAACAGCGCUGGUCUUGAAAUAGAAUCUUUUAAAUAUAUAACUUGCUGCUCUAACUCACGGAAGGCCAUAACGUGCUGUUGGUCUUCAGAAUUUGCUAGAACGCCGGGUGGUUCAGGACGCCUAUUCCGAAGAUGUUUAUUAUGUCAUCCCUGCUCUCCCACCGGGCCUGACCUAGUGUGUUUAGUGCUAUUAUUGCCGUGAAAUACUGUGACGGUUGGAUCCCACAGAGAAGCACUUGGCAGGGCAAAGCAUUCCUCUCUGGAGAGAGCAGACAGUGGAGGUCCAUCACCACCUAAAUAAACAGCAGCAAGCAGUGCAACCUGCAAAUGGAGGGCAAGAACAAAACAAUAGAAAAAGCCCACUUGCCUCCUCCUUUUCCUUCUUGAACAAGUUGAGUGCGGUUUGCGAUUUGAGACUAGAUGAAUGUGAUUUUUCUAAUCCUUGGGAUCAUUACUACCUUUAUGACGUGACCAAGCUCAAGCGGAUAAGAGUUUGGAUGGUGGUGUGUGUUGAAUUUAGAAUUCUAGUCUUCUGGGUUUUGGUAACACUUCAUGGCUAUCAUCAAAUCAUUCCAACCAAACAACAAAAGUGCAACUAAUGGUGUUUCCCAGGUUCCCUCUGAAAAAUGUCAGCUACCACCAUACAAGGUACUGAUUUAGAAGUACUCUGAGAUACAGAGCGUUGUCUUUCAUGAUCUAGCUGUAUUGAGUCUGCUGGUUGUUGGUUCUGUGUCUUCUUCUGCAUUAAGUGGACUGCCACACCCCAAGCUACCAUUUAGCUAUUUUAUACUGGGGGGAACAGUUGUGGGUGGGUGGGGGGACACACAGCUUUUUUCUACUGCGUAUGGUGUCCUAAUCCUGUCUGUGGAAUUUGGCUUGUCAAGAAUCUCCAUUUGACGAUGUGUGUUUUGUUGUCACAGGUAUAAACAAGAGAUUUGCAAAUUGCAUUUCAUAGCGGCCAGUUUUGACAGUUUUGCUGAGCAGGAAAUUAGCAUGUCUAAGAGCACAAGGACAGGCAUAGUUUGAAAUCCAUUGACUACUUCUUCAGCAUUGGCUACUAAAAGGUUCUACUUCUCUUCCACCCUGUGAUAUUAUCACUCAUGCCCACCCACCGUUCUAUACACUUGUGAAGAGAUUGGACUUAGUUAUUUCUGAAAUACAACUAGUGGGAAAUAGGUUAUCUGAUUAAGGCUGCCAGGGCUUGAAAUCCACAGUAGGCCGAAGCGAUUAUCCACUUCAGGAGUUACCUUAGACGUCCUUGCAAGGUCCUGUGGCAAUUGAUCUGUGCUCCAUCUGAGAAAGAAAAUUAGACAAGGCGGCACCUGUCUAGAAUGAGAAGAAAUUAGCAUCCCAAGAGUUACAUUUUAUAUGUUGGCCCAUUUCACAAAUUAAAAGUAUUCUUCUUUUCAUGCUGACCUAGGAUGCAUUCCUAGUACAUUAUGGACACAUUUGAGCAUUGGCAGAAUUGAAAACAUAUCUCUGAAAUGGUUGGCUGGUGAAGUUAAGCUUUGCUGAUAGGCAUUGCUCAGUUUCCAGGCACACCUGAUUACAUUUCUCCAAGCACUUUCAUAGUCUCUAGUUGAAUCCUGACCCAUCUGAUGACACCUUUGUGUACAUAGUUUGAGGCUAUUAUUUCCCUAACUGGGCUAAUUCAGACACCUCAGUCAUUGCCUCUUUACGCUUUUAGCCCAUUUCUUGAGGCUCAAUAAAUCAGGUGUUGAUUGUAAACGAACCUCAGAUUGUACAGCUCCGUUAUUUUUUCUAUAUUAAACACACACAGCCUAUACAUAUCAUUACUUUUUUCUUUUCAAAACACAUUCCUGUCAUAAUAUCCAUUUUUAUACUGCUGAAGCAGUCUCAUUCGCUGGCUUCUUAAAAGUUGAUUUGUGUGUUGUUUCGUGUUCCUAACCUGAAUUUAUUUUUUUUUAGAACAGUUUUGGUUUUGCGCGGGGAGGGGGGGAAAUACAGUUGAUAUUUGUGUUACUCUCUCAGGUAUUUGAACGCAGCAGGAUGUCUUCACACGAUAAGCAUGGAAUGCAAUAAUGUAUUUUGGGCAUGAGGUUCACCAGAGGAUGUACCCUGAGCACAACUAAGUUUUUGUACUGAAAUGAUGCAAACCUGGGUAGGUGAUUGGAUUCAGGGUGGCAGUUUUAAGGUCUCGACUGUGAGAAAAUUAUCUGUGUCUUUUUUUAGCCAGUGCGCAGUAAGCAGGGCCUCAAAUUCUUUUUCCCACCUGCAGAGUCAUAAAGAAAUUGGGAAUCUGAAAUCAGGCUUGUUGAGAUUUUCUUAGCCUUACACCGUUUCACCACAGGUGUGAAAGUUACCUCUCUCCAACCUACGUUCCAUAUACAGGUACCCUGUUUGGAGACCAUAGGAAGUGCAUAUGCCUCGGGGUGAAUGUCACUGAGAGGCUCAUGACAAAAGUUUAGCCCCGUGCAAUAAGGCUUUGUGCCUAGAGGCUAAUAAGGGCACAAGCCUGUUUCAUUCCAAAAUCACAGUCAUCAGGCUUUUCCUGGAAUAGGGUUCUGAGCUUCUAACUAGUCUACAAGGGGCCUUCAGAGAUCAAAUAUGCUGUAGAUUUUCAACUUCUAUGACCAUGUUGUGCAUUAAGGCAAUUCCACAUGACUUGUCACCUUGUCUUCUUCAUUCUAUAAAUGCUCCCAUCCUACAUAAGAAUUUUUUUCACUCAUGAGGAAGCAAUCCACAACCAAAAACAGUGUUGGUAUUUCACAGUAAUUAUACCUGCCUUUUUAUGUAUGAUGGUUUCAUAUCAUUUAUUUUUAAAAAAUAUAUUUUUAGGGUUUUUUUUCAUUGUAAUAUUAUUGUACAGUUUUGCAUGGCCUAGAUGUAAUCACUUUUUUGUUUUGUUUUAGAGUAUAAAAGCUGACAAGUGUGCGUGUGGGGGAAAGAUUUCUGCUUUUUGCCUCUUCUCACUCUUCUCUUAUUUUUGAUUUAUGCCCUCAAUGUUGUAGAGGACAUUGUAAGAGAUUCUCUGCUCCAGAACAAUGAUGUAGAGUCUAUUGCACAGAAAUAUUUAAGGUGGAUCAGUCAAUGAUGUAAUAAAUGACAGGUCACCAAUAUUUUAUGUUGGUAACACUUAAUAUUAACCUACUUUGAUGUAUUGCAAUAAAACAGGGAACUAUUAGAAA